GACAUAGAUAUAUACAACUUUAAUGAGACUGGCUUCCAGAUGGGCGUUGCCAGCACGUCUAAGGUAGUGACUAGCUCUGAUACAGUUGGUAGAGCACCUACUGUUCAGCCAGGGAAUCAGGAGUGGGUUACAGUGAUCGAGAGCGUGAGCGCUGCUGGCUGGUCAAUUCCACCCUUCCUUAUCCUAGCUGGAAAGCUCCACCAGGCCGCCUGGUAUCGUGAUAUACCUAAUACCUGGAUGAUCGCCGUCAGCGACAAUGGCUGGACAACAGAUCAGCUUGGCUUUACCUGGCUAGAGCACUUCAAUCGCUGUACUCAGACUCGUACAGUAGGCACCUAUCGACUACUGAUUGUAGACGGCCACAACAGCCAUGCAACACCUGAGUUUGAUCAGUACUGUGCGCAGAAUCGCAUUAUCACGCUCUGUAUGCCAGCUCAUACGUCACAUUUACUCUAGCCUCUUGAUGUAGGCUGUUUCUCGCCUCUGAAACGCGCGUACAGGCAGGCGAUUCAGCAGCUCGCCCGCCAACACGUCUAUCAUAUUAAUAAGGUAGACUUCCUAUCUACGUACAAGCAGGUCAGGGAUCAAGCUAUCACAGAGAAGAACAUUCAGGCUGGGUUUCAGGCCACUAGGCUCGUGCCAUACAGCCCUAAGCGCGUCCUAUCCUUCCUACCUAUCGUCCGAACGCCCUCACCCUGUCAGCUAGCAGGCAACGCAGAGGGACAGUAGACAGCUGAGACGCCACAUACAGUAGACCAGCUUCAAAAGCAGGCUCAACAUAUCCAGGACCUGCUUCGCCAACAAUCACAAAGUCCUACUAACCAAGCUAUCCGCCAGCUUGUAAAGGGGUGCCAGCUUGCUAUGCACUCAGCUACUAUCCUAGUAGAGGAGAAUACAAGGCUUCAAGCAGCUGUACAACGUCGCGAUCGUAAGAAGAGGCAGCGUAGACAGUAUAUAUCACGUAGAGGAGCUCUCCAGGCUCAGGAAGGCCAGAGGCUGGCUACAGAGGCUGAUAGGGUAGUCC